AUGCAGGCCGCGAAUCGCUUCCAGAAAGCCCUUAAAAAGGGGGGAACUACCUUCGGUGCAUGGCAGAUGCUGCCUGGAUCCAAUCUCUCUCGUGCCAUUGCCAGUGCCGACAUGGACUGGAUUUGCUUGGAUAUGGAACACGGGAACAUUGACGAUGGACAGAUGCAUGAAUGUGUAGCAGCAGUUGCAGGUUGUGGUGUCAGCCCUGUGGUCCGCAUUGCCGCAAAUGAGACUUGGAUGGUCAAGCAUGACGCCCGCAAGCUCGUCUCGUCAGCCAAAUUUCCCCCGCAAGGAAAACGUGGAUUCAGCCCGGAACUCGCGAUAGGGAAGUUCGCUAGUAAGAGAACUGGCGAUUACCUUCUGCAAGCCAAUGAUGCUCUCGUCACAAUUGCUCAGAUUGAGACUAAGGAGGCACUGGACAACGUCGAUGAGAUCGCCGCUGUACCGGGAAUUGACGUUCUCUUUAUUGGCCCUUUUGACCUUGCCAACGAUAUCGGCCACCCCAUCAUUGGUGGCAUCAUGCACGAUGAGCUGAAGGCUGCCUUUGAUCGUAUUUACAAGGCCGCCACCGACAACGGGAAGUGGGCCGGCAUCUAUUGCAACAAUGGCACUGAGGGCCACGAGUACGCACAGAAGGGCUUUCAUAUGGUUUCCAUUGGCGCUGAUCUUGUUGAUAUUCCAAGCCACUUCGACAACGCUUUGUGUAUGGCGAGAGGCGAGGGUGUGAUUGGAUGA